AUGGGGUAUAUAAACAUCAAUAGAAACUUGACUCGUCAUUUUAGUGCCGCUUCUGAAUUCAUAUCGUCGCUUUUUGGUAUUGUCGGUGUUAUCGGUUCACUUUUGGUUCUGUUGGAGUUACAUU